UGGUUAUUUCCAACAUUCAAGGAAUAAAUACCCUAAAUCUUUAGUUAGCGAUGUAAUACAUAUAAAAUGUCCCUAUGUCUCGGAAAGAUAACUUGAACCGAUUGAGCUGAAAUUUUGUACACACGUUUAGUUCGGAUGACCAAUGCAUUAUUAUGAUAAGCAUGACCUGAUGGUGCACGCAUUAACGGCUACAGACGUGGGAACUCCUCAACGGUUUACUGCACGGACGGAAUAUGUUUUUAUCACACAUUGAAUGUAAUGAUCUCUCUAACAAUAAUAAAAGCAUGUGUCUAAAAUAUGUAAAAAAAACUUCUAAUAUUUAUGUAAAAGCCUUUUAAAAAUUAAAGGAGAGAAGACUAGCACAAUUUUACGCAAUAAUUUCAUUAUCCUGAUUUCCAUUUCGGAGAAUCACAUUGCGUGGUGCGACUCACGUAUCGACCAAACUCGUUUCACAACGACGACCCAUCCUUGCUCAGCCCAAGCAGACGUGACUUACCGUGUGUUGGUGAUUCAGUGCUUCUGAUUUAGAGUUGCUGAGGUCCAAAGAAGCUAUAAAAUAUGAACAUGUUUGAAACCUUCCUUGCGUCGCUUCCGCCUAACCGGCACUUGAUGGUGAACCACUUGGAGCUACCUGAAGACAUCACAGCCACUCCUUACGUGUGGACGGAGCCCGAAUCUCUUUCUGUCAGGAGCGACAGCAUCAUAUCCGGGAGCCUGGAAGACGAGGAUGUCGGGACUAUCAGCACAGACUCCAGCAUAGCUGUGUCCCGAGCCUUGACGGAUUCCGAGAUUGAUUACUACAGGUACAGGAAGCUGAAGAACCGCAGUCUCAGUGACCCCUGGGCGGGCAUGAAAGCAGCAAUGGACGCUUUUCCACCCGACUACCUUGCGUCUUUACAAAGUUUUCAGAGCUCAUCAACCGAAGUGACAGACCAACCAGAGGAGCCGUACGAGCGGACAUAUCGCCGCAACGAAGAGCUGGCCCUGAAGAUGGAGAGGUUCUUCGAGGAAGAGUGCCGUGUGUUCACUCCGGAGGACCCUGGGCUUCUGGCGUUGAAGGACGCGCUACGGGAUAUCGACAUGUCGACAAUCGACUCCGAUCUCGAUAGCAGCAUCACCGUGAAUUACCUUCUACCUAAAAUAUAGAAAAAAAAAUGUGAGAUAAAAAAAGUGUAAUAUUUUAUUAUCAUCUGCUUUUUUUGUAUGCACGCACUGCACCUACGAAAAUAAUACAUAAAUUAUCAUUUGUAGUACCUACACUUACACAUAACAUUUACAAUAAAAAUAA